CGCGUGCCAGUUGAAAGGAAUCGUCAAAUAAAAACAGAAAAAUUGUAUUUAUUCACUUGGUUAAAGUGACUAAAGACACUUGUGAAUAUUAUAAAAUUUUCUUCGGAAGCGAAUAAUUCUAAUAGAAGUUAAAGAAAAACAAAAUGUCUCAUACGAUAUUAUUGGUGCAACCUGGUCCAAAUCCAGAAACCAGAACUUAUUCCGAUUACGAGACAGUUAAUGAAUGUAUGGAAGGCGUUUGUAAAAUUUACGAGGAGCAUCUUAAAAGGAAAAAUCCAAAUACACCCACAAUCACCUAUGAUAUUAGUCAACUUUUUGAUUUUGUGGAUGGGUUAACCGAUCUCAGUUGCAUGGUACAUCAGAAAACAUCUAAUACCUAUGCACCUUACAAUAGAGAAUGGAUUAAGGAAAAAAUCUAUGUCCUUUUGCGUCGAGCAGCUGAACGUUCUGAACAUUAACUAUUUAUAUUUAAAUUAUAAUAAAAUUCGAUAGAGAUAAUUUUUCUCCUGACUGUAAGAGAUUAUAUAUUUAAGAAAUUUUUGUUUCUAUUGAUUCAAUUAUGUAACCAUCAAUUCUAUUUUUUUUUUGAUUGUAUUGAUUUUUUUCUAAACUUAUGAU